AUGGCUGCCACCUCCCAGUUUGCCAAUCGGUACAAGAAGGAUCUGAGUAUAGAAACACUCAGAACGAAAGUUGCUCGCAGGAAGUCGAUGCUUCAGAAGGAGAACAGGCACAAGUUGUUUGAAAAGGGCAGGCACUUUGGGUUGGCAGAUGUCAAUGUUCAGCUGUCCAAAGAGAAGGGAAUAGCUCACCUAAAUGAGACAAGUGAAACAGCUUCUCAAGAGAAGAGCAGUGUAAAACAGAAACAAUCUACAGAUGCAGCCACCAAGAGGGUUAAUGAACGCAGGGAGAUGCUCCAGCGCUAUAAAGAGGAAAAGGAACUGAGGAAAAUGAGAGAGCAAAGAGAGAAAGAAAAAAAGGGUGUGUUUAAAGUUGGGUUGUACAAACCAGCUGCUCCUGGAUUCCUUCCUGUGGUACCGGAGAAUCCAGUGACAGUGAAGCCAAGAGAGAAGGCAGCUCCUGCUUUCUCAGGGAGGAUUACUCGAUCAAAGGCCAAGAACCAAGAAGAAAAAUCUGUGAUACCAGCUGCAUCCAAGCACCCCACGGUCUGUGACAAGGGGCAAUGCGUGCACCCUACACGAGCAGGACGUAAACAGAUGGGUACAGACAAAGCAGCUGAAAAAGGGAAAGUGUUGCAGACUGCAGUCCAGACAAGCUCAAAUGUAAGGAUCACCAGAGCAGCCUCCUCUGCAGCAAGGCAGAUGCUGAAGACAACAGCUACUGCUGGUAACCAGCCACAGAGAAAGCCAGCAAAUGUAGGAAAGCAGAAGAAAGGAGUCAAACCUGGCAUCACAGAGGUAAUUCCUUCUAAACAAGAAGUGGAUGAAAAUGCUCAACUGGAUCCAGUGAUGAAAGGCCCUGCAGCUGAUUCUAAACAUUCAGUGUCAGUAGAACUUCAACAGGAACAGACCUCAACAGAAAGCAAGACCAAUUCUGCACCAGGGAGACCCGGAACACGUUCUUUUGCACCUCAAAACUUCGUGUUUCAGCCUUUAAGCGGAUUAGCAACCUACAAAGUUACACCCAUGACUCCUUCUAGGGCAAAUGCAUUUUUGACACCUCGUGCCUUCUGGGAUUUUUCCAAGUCUCCAGUUAAUAUUCUUGAAAAAUCCAGUGAGACUAAGGCACAAGAGCUUAAUUUUAAAAGUCCAGUUUCACCUGCUGGUAAAGGCAGUCAAAAACAGCAAACCCCUAAAAUUCUGAAAGGAGGAAAAGGUAAGAACGAAUCAGAUGAGAAAAAUUCCAUUCAGAAAUCAAAUGAAACAACUCCUGUCUCUACAGAUAUAACAGCACUUGAAAUGAAGUCUGAUGAUGUAAUAGAGCAAGAGCAUGAUGUGCCUUAUUUCAGAAAUAUUCUUCAGUCUGAAACAGAGAGGCUGAUGUCUCAGUGCCUCCAGUGGGAUGGAAAACUUGAGCUGGACAUUCCAGAGGACGCUAAAGAUCUAAUUCGCACCACAACUGGUCAGACAAGGCUGCUCAUAGCAGAAAGAUUCAAACAGUUUGAAGGUCUGGUGGAUAACUGUGAGUUUAAACAAGGUGAAAAAGAAACAACGUGUACAGACUUGGAUGGAUUUUGGGAUAUGGUUAAUUUUCAGAUAGAAGAUGUGAAUAAAAAGUUUGAUAAUCUGAAGAAGCUUCAAGACAAUGACUGGCAACCAUUUGAUGUCCCAAGCAAAGCAAUUGUCAAGAAGAAGACUAUUCCAAAGGGAGUGUCCAAACCAAAGCUGGGAGCAGCUGGAAGAGCUGCUGCCCGAAGCCGGCUUGCUGCUGUAAAAGCAGCUAUGAGGAAUAAAAUGAAGCCUGAGGAAGGUGCUGCUUGUGCCCAUCAGGAGAUGCCACCAGAGGUAGAAACAGUGGUUUUUGAUGCAGGAUUCUUCAGAAUUGAAAGCCCUGCAAAAAUCUUUCCAGGCUUGGUUUCAAAGACACCUCAAAGAUCUUGCCAGCAGACUUCUGAAAAACUGACAACUUCAAGAUCCUCCAGCAGAGCUUUGCUUCAGUGUGUCCCUUCUGUUCCUUGUAACCCUGAGGAUACAACUGCAAAACAAACAACACCAGUGCUAAAAGGCUUCCACCCAGCACAACAUUUGAAUAUGCACCUAUUUCCCACUGGAAAAACUCCCCCACUGGAAAAACUCCCCGAUUGUUUUCUUGAACCAAGCAAUUCUGUAGUUGAAGAAGAACACUGUCCUGGCACAGCAGAGGGAGCUGGGGUGCUGGAAAAUUCUAACAGUGAAGUAAACAUGGAUGGGAUGGAAGAGAUGGAACUUUCUGCUGCAGAACAAGGACAAGAUAUUGUCAUGUGCAGUCCAGAGGAGCAGACCUGUACAGAGACUAACUUUGCUCAGUCUGGAGAUCAAACAGAUGUUUCAUGUAGUGAUUUGACGUCCCUUGGCAGAAAUCCUUGUGAUGUGCCCAUGCUGGAUGCUGAGCUUCCCUUCACUCCAGUCAAGAGCAAAGCCCAGAAGUUUGCAGCAGCUGAAGCUUUCACUGACCUUAUUGUAUUUUCUCCCCUUUCUCCCUCUGGGGAAAAAUGA